GCUGAGCUUAAACUGAAGCAAGUUCGGAGGACGCCGGUGGAGUCUUGAUCUGAAGAAGCGUUUCCAUGUUUGCGGCGCUUGCACGUCUACGAGAGGUGUGAACCCGAAGGUCAGGACCCAGAAAUGGGACGCCGGUCAUCAGAUACUGAAGAAGAAAGCAGAAGCAAGAGAAAAAAGAAACACCGUAGACGGUCAUCUUCGAGCAGUUCUUCAGAUAGUAGAACAUACAGCCGAAAGAAGGGUGGAAGGAAGUCAAGAUCAAAGUCAAGAUCUUGGUCCAGAGAUCUUCAGCCUCGUUCACAUUCUUAUGAUAGGAGACGCAGGCAUCGGUCAAGCAGUAGCUCUUCUUAUGGCUCUAGAAGAAAACGAAGUCGAAGUCGUUCAAGGGGUCGAGGGAAAUCCUAUAGAGUUCAAAGGUCUAGGUCAAAAAGCAGAACACGGAGGUCCAGGUCAAGACCUCGUCCACGUUCACAUAGUCGAAGCAGUGAAAGGUCCAGUCACAGAAGAACCCGUAGUCGGUCUCGGGAUAGAGAACGACGUAAAGGCAGAGACAAGGAGAAAAGAGAAAAGGAGAAGGAUAAAGGCAAGGACAAGGACAUCAAACGUGGGGAAUCUGGAAACAUCAAAGUUGGAUUAGAACAUCUGCCACCAGCUGAACAAGCCAAAGCCAGACUACAGCUGGUUCUUGAAGCCGCUGCAAAAGCUGAUGAAGCAUUGAAAGCCAAAGAAAGAAAUGAGGAAGAAGCAAAGAGAAGAAAGGAAGAAGACCAAGCCACACUGGUAGAACAAGUAAAAAGAGUAAAAGAAAUUGAAGCUAUUGAAAGUGAUUCUUUUGUUCAGCAGACAUUCAGAUCAAGUAAAGAAGUCAAAAAGUCAGUGGAACCUAGUGAAGUGAAACAUGGAACUUCAACAUCAGGACCAACAUCAGUAGUUGCUGAACCGCCCAGUAUGGAAAAAGAAGUAGACCCCAGCAGCAUCCCUACUGCGAUCAAGUACCAAGAUGACAAUUCUCUGGCUCAUCCUAAUUUAUUUAUUGAGAAAGCUGAUGCUGAAGAAAAGUGGUUCAAGAGAUUAAUUGCCCUUCGACAGGAAAGACUAAUGGGCAGUCCUGUGGCCUAACUAAUAUACAUAUGGUUAAAUUGACAGUAACAUUGGAAAUUUAGGUUUUUAAAUCCCAUAUUAACUUUUUACUCUUAAAAAGAAUUUAGCUGAUUAUGUAAAAAUGUAAUCUCAUUUCAUUCUUCUCUCAUGUUUCCUUGAAUAUUGGUUGAUUUGAACUGAAUCAAACACUGAAUACUAAAACUAGGGUAAAAUUUAAGAAUGUUAUGCUGUUAAUAAAGCUAAUUAUAAAAAUAUCCAUGUUAAAAUAAAUAGUACACAAUAGUGUUGCUUAGUGCAAUUCAAAAAAAUUCAAGUUGUCAUUUAGAACACAAUUUUGAUUAAUCAUGCAUAUAUAAGAAUCAAAUUACAUGCUAUAAAUAUGAGAUCUCAUCUUCCAUGUAUUAUGAAACCAUGUUUGAAUCUUUCAUUUCACCUUACUGUCAAUUUUUAGGCACAAUAAAAAGCACCCUAAACAAUCUA